AUGUCAGACAAAAGAACUGAUGUGUCUCCUGAACAGGAAAUCGAAUUUUGCACACUUGGAAUGUUUAUCAUCGAUGAAAUACACUAUCAACCUCCUACUCCUCCUGUUUCAAAUAUAAUGGGAGGAGCAGGCACCUUCGCGGCUCUUGGAGCGCGUUUAUUCUCUCCACCCCCCCUCUCUAAGCGAGUUGCCUGGAUCGUUGAUGCUGGCUCUGAUUUUCCUUCUUCCAUGAUCCCCAUCAUUAAUAACUGGGAGACGUCAGUUCUGCUCCGCAAUGACUCCUUGCGACUUACCACGCGUGGUCGGAAUAGAUAUGAUGCAGCGCAGCAUCGUGAUUUCGAGUAUAUAACGCCAAAAUUGACGAUCGAUAUCACAGAUUUGCAGCAUCAGCAUGCCAUGCUAUUAAGCAAGUCAUUCCAUCUUAUAUGUUCUCCUUUGCGCUGUAUAUCGCUAGUAACAAGGCUUCUCGAUGCACGGAAGCAGAUCAAUCCUCUCGCUCCUAAGCCGCUAAUCGUGUGGGAGCCAGUCCCCGAUUCGUGUAUUCCUUCUGAGCUUUUGAACCUCACAAAUUGCCUACCUUAUGUCAACAUUUGCUCACCAAACCAUACCGAACUGCUCAGUCUUAUUUCUGGACCCUCGCAGGUAGAUCCAAAUGAAAUCUCAUUCGACCCUACGGCUAUAGAGGCAGCCUGUGAUCAACUUCUCGCCGCAAUGCCGCUCCAGAAUUAUGCUUUUGUGGUGCGAAGCGGAGCUAAUGGGGUAUAUAUAGCUAAAAACGGGGGUAGAUCCCGGAGGCCAUCCAGGCGGCCUUCUCCGUCGGGUCGAGCUCGUCAGCGGAGGCCCGCUAAUCAUGCCAGGGGCGGAUUAACCCCAGAAACUGAUAUGGAGGCUCUGUUCGCAGGGUUCGACGCCGAAUUUGACCGAGGCCCUCUCCCCAUAGACCCGGGCACCAGUCUCUGGCUACCAGCAUACUAUGAGCCUGAUAAGACGCAGAAGAACACUCACUAUUCCAAAAUAUCCGAGGCAAAUAAUGGAGAAGAUUUAAUUCAGACACAAGAUGUGGGAGGAAUUAUACCGGAAGCACCUACACCGAUAGAACCCAAUACCUCAAGAAAUCCGUUUUCCCGAAUUGUUCCAAUAUUUCAGUAUCCACCUGCACAACGAACCAGGGUUAUCGACCCAACAGGCGCUGGGAAUAGCUUUCUAGGCGCUUUGGCAGUUGGUCUCGCGCGCGGUUUAGACCUAGAAGAAGCUAUAUGCUGGGGCUGCGUAGCGUCAAGUUUCGUAGUUGAACAGGUUGGUGUUCCCACCCUUUCAAGCCCGGAUUCGUCAGGGAAUAAGAUGAACAUCACAAUCCAAGAUGGAGGUGUAGAGGAGCUAUGGAAUGGAGAGAGUGUACAAGAGCGUUUAAAUACCUACCUCAGUCGAGUACGAGACAGUAAAACUCAUGGCUAA